ACAUUAUUCCACUAGAUGGCAGUAAAAUGCCAGCGAAGCAUUUUACUGCCAUCCUGUAGCCGCAUGACAGAGAAGAAAACAAAUAUGGCUUCCAUUAACAGCGUUGAGUGGAGAUCCAUCUGCGACAAAUUCACCAACGCCCAACGUCUCACCGAAACAGAGUCCCGAAAUGACCCAGAAAACGACCCGUUUCGCUCCAAAUAYAAAGCCAGGGAGCUCCUGAGAGAAAUCUACUGCUCGCUGAAGAGCUUCGAGGCCGGGGACGGAGAGGAGGAGGACGWCGGAGGGGAGAACUGCGAGCAACGGCCCCCUGACCAACCGGUGGACGGCCAGACGGAGGAUGUGUUCAGCCAGGGUUUCAGCGGCGACUCACCAGCCGGGAUGCGGGCAGCUAAGCUCGGGGCUGUGGAGUACUACCUGGGCGUCAACCAUGUGGACACGGAGGAGCUGUCAGCCGGGCAGGAGCAUCUAAUGAACUGCAUGAAAAUGCUGGAGCAAUGUAGGGUGUCCUCGGAGAAUGUGUCUCUGUUCAUCCAUGUCAGGAACCAGCUGGGAAUCCUGUGGGCUGGCCGUGAUGAGACCGAGACGGCGCAGGGCUUCCUGGAGUCAGCAGAGUCCAUCUACCAACGCUACAUGAAGGAGGAUGGGAGGCCUCCGACCGACAUGACGGAGUACUUCACUACGGAGGAGAACCUGCUGACGCAUCAGGAGAGAACUAAGAGGUUUGAGUUGGCUUACACCCACACCAUGUACUACCUUGCUCAAGUUUAUAAGAACCUCGGUGAAAACGAGCGCGCUGCCACCUACUGCCACAGCACCCUGCAGAGACAGCUCCAGUUAAACCAGUUCAGUCCAAUGGAGUGGGCUCUGAAUGCUGCCACACUGUCCCAGUAUUACAUCACAAAGGGCCGAUACAUGGAGGGCAGACACUGCCUUGCAGCAGCUACGGUUAUAUCAGGUCUGGCUGGAGAAGUUCCCUCUGAAGCUGCCGCACAAGAAAGUGAGACGGAGAGCGAGCGCAGGGAGCAGCUCCAGCAGAAGAGAGCAGAGAUCGCCAGAUGUUGGAUCAAAUACUGCCUCAACCUCCUGCAGGACGCCAAGAAGCUGCUGGAGGAUAACAUCGGUGAGUUGGAUACUGAUCGCCAAGACGAGCUGAAAAGAGCAAGAAGGCAGGAGGAGGAGGAGGAAGAAAAGGGGAGGAAGAGCGCCCUGCUGUUCGGCUCUGAAGAUACCUUUGAUUCCAUCGCGAGUGUGGAGGAAAAGGUGAUGUGUUUGUUCCCUUUGGACUUCACGGAGGCCAGAGCUGUGUUUUUGGUGGGACAGAACUACGUAACGCAGGCUAAGGAGUACUUCCAGAUGGACGGCUAUGUGACGGACCACAUAGAGAUCCUGCAGGACCACAGCUCCCUGUUCCGGGCCCUGGCCUUCUUCGAGGAGGAUCUGGAACGUCGCUGCAAGAUGCACAAGCGGAGAGUUGACAUGUUGGAGCCGAUCUGCAACGACUUGAACUCCAGAUACUACCUGCUGAUCCGCAGACAGCUGAUGUUUGAGUUGGCUGAGACCUACAAUGAAAUGAUGGACUUGAAGCUGACUCUGGCCAACAGACAGGCUGAUAACCAUUCCCUAGAUGGCCACACUAUUAAGAAAUUCAACCAUCUCUGCUCUGCCUCUGCCAAGUACUUCCAGAUGUUCCUGGACUCUCUGUGCUCACCAGAAGGGAAACCUCCCGAACAUCUGGAGGAGGAGGUGCUCAGACCGGCGCUGGUGGCCCGAUUCAGAGUGGCCCGACUUCACAGCAAACUUAUCAGCUCCUCGCCUCCAGUCCAGCUGGAAAACCUCAACAGAGCUCUGGAAAACUACAAGUACGUGGUGCAGUACUGCGAGGCGCACCCUGAGGCGGCCGCUGCCGUGGAGACGGAGCUGGAGCUGAGUACGGAGAUGGUCGGCCUCCUCCCCCUGAAGAUCAACCGCCUCAAAUCGAGGAUGGCUGCAAACAACUAAUUACGGACCAAGUUUUGCUCUUAACUACUUGCUCUUGUUAACUUAAAAGACCCAAUCGAAAUGUAUCCCAACACUGUUGAUGAACACUCUGCAGUCAAAGAAGCCAAAAUGUGGAUUCUUGUUCUUCAUGUACUAAAUUCUGUGUUCAUUUUUCCUGUGUUUAGCAUGCUGCUUUCGAAUGCAUCACAGCCUGUAACUGCUGCAAAGUGCGCUCAAUAUUGUGCAAUAAAUGUUGUGAUUAAUUCGUC